AUGGCCGAGGCUCUUGGUAUCGCCUCGAGUAUUGCUGGUUUGGUAUCACUGGCUGAUACUGUUGUUCGGCUGGGUUACAAAUAUAUCAGAGAUGUCAAAGAUGCUGAAAGAUCUGUCCAAAAUCUCGUCAAAGAAGUCAACAGUCUUUCUGGCGUGCUUCACAGUCUUGAAAAUGUGGCACAGGCACUGGAAGCGCAAGAUACCUUAGGGCAUAACUCCAGCAAGAUAAAGCGUUUAUAUCUUGUCAAGUAA